AUCCAUUAAAACAUAUAUUGUUAGAAACAUGCCUACAAGAAUUUUAGAAACAACACAAGAUGGUCAUGAUCAAAAAGAAGAUUUAAAUAAAUUAAAAACCAUGUUAUUAAAUUCAAAUUAUCCAUUAAAAGAAAUUGAAAACUUAAUAAGACAAGCAUGUGAAGAACUUAAAUCAAAUACAAGCAAUAACAGUAAUAACAAUAACAAAAUAUCAAUCAACUUAAUGUUAUAUAUCAAUCAGCUGAAACAUGAUAAAUGGUUGUUAGAAUCUCCAAUAAAAACUGGUGCUUAUGGGAAAGAAAAAAACGAAUCUAGUUUAUCGGAUGACGACGAAGAUGAUGAUCAGAGUGGCGACGAAAUUAAUCGUAAUCCUUCAAAUUUUGUGACUUAA